AUGAUUACUGAUGAAAGUUUAAGGAAAGAUGAUGAAGAAUCGGUUAGUUCUGAUGUGAAUGUAGAAGAUGAGGAACACAUUAAUCCUCGAAAUAAUUAUUCGGAAUCAUUUCUGGAAGAUGGACAUGGAAUCGUUUUUGGAUCACAAGAACAAAAACUUAUAUAUGAUGGUUUACUAUUGAAAUAUCUGAAUGGUGAAAUUAAAUCUCUAAGUGAAGUUUGUCGACUUGUAAAGGAUCAAUUAGGACUUGAAAUUUCUGCUCCUACGCUAUCACGACGUUUGAGACAUAUUAAUAGAAAUGCAGAAUCAAGUGAUGAACAGGAAAGGAAGAGGAAGAUGGGUGUAUUGAAAGGUUUCACGAUAAUGCAGCGUGCCUUGUCGAGUCGUUACAAUGCUUCUUUGCUGACAGUGAUGGAUGAUAAAACAAAGGAAAUUCGGCAGUAUGCAUACAUGAAAAGUUCCGUGGAUGGGCGUAAAGAAUAUUAUCGAUGCAACAGAUGUUUGCGAGCUAAACGGAAAAGUGGACCUGGUGCUCAAGCAUCUAUAAUAGUUUACGAUGGUGAAAUAAUUGGUGAUAAACCGCCGGAGCAUCACGUUGAUUGUGAACCAGUGCCAUAUGAAGAAAUCGCUUCAAUAACCAGCCAGCGCGAAAGUCGCGCAUACGAAAGGGAGGAAAACGAACAAGUGCGCCAAGUGCUGCGUAACAGACAGCUACUGUUAAAGCAGACGGAACCAUUAGAACCGCCUGAACUUUCGCCAAUGGUAGAGGGUGAUGAAUUAGCAGAAUUUGAUGAAGAAUCAACUGGUGCGGGAUUUGCUGAGUCUCAGAGGCAAACAGUCGAUGAAAAGAAAAAACGAAUGGAACGAAUUUUGUCGGCUGUUUUACUUCUUCUCGAUGAACUUGAUGGAGAAAAUUUGCUAACUGUUAUUGAAGAGGCACAAUUUCGUGUUGCAGAAUUACCUAGAAGGUCAUUGUUAAGGUGA